CUCGGUAUAGCCCGCAUGGGGCAGUGCCUGUAUACGAGAUGACAGUGGGAGUCGUACAAGGUUUGGUUGAGUCAAACCUUACUGCAAAGUACGCCAGCUGCUUAACCUGACGCCCCCCUCAAGCACCUGUAUCCCCGGGCGACCUCUCACGUCAUGCAACACAUUGUUCUUUCCGUCGGCAGGUCGACCUCGAGCCCCGAAACAAGCGAAAUCGCCGCUGUGCCUAGAUCCCUCCUACGGGCCUUACGGGCUCGGCUAAGUGCCCUUCUCUGCAUCAAGACCACAGCGCGCGACAAGGAUGCUGAUGAAGCCACAAGCAACGGACGUGGUGUUGCACGAGGCGAAGACCACACUGUGCGAGGCGAAGGCGAUGUUGCGCGAGACGAAGGCGAAAGUGAAAUCGAAUACGAAAGCUAUGCUACGGACGAUGGACUUGAACCACUCGCCACCGACAUAUCCGAUCGCAUUCCUAUCGAGAUCUACGAGAAAAUUAUCGAGCACAUGGACCGGUCUACGCUGCCCAAUGCCUCAUUGGUUUCCCGAGCAUGGUAUCCUCGCGCCACUUUCCAGCUCUAUCACACCAUCGUCAUCGCAAGGCGCGCGAGGUACGACUUGUUGGUGGAGCAGCUACGCACGUCGUCCCGUGUCCAGCGAUGGCUACAGUCCACACACAAAGUAGUGCUCGGCUACGACACACGAGGACAGCCCUGGUUCCGUGCAGGUAUCCCCUUCCUGGACGCCUUCCCUCUGGUCUUCGGCCAUGCAUGUCCUUCCCUGCAGGUGCUCGACAUUCGUUGGAUUCUGCGCCCUAAUAUGCAUCCGACUUUCCACCGUGCCCUGCGUCAGUUCCAGCACAUCACGGCAUUACGUCUGCAUCAUAUCGAACUGAGCAACAUUGCCCAGUUGCGACGGAUCGUCCAUGCGGUUAUGUCUCUGGAGGAGCUUGUUCUGGACAAUCUAUCACUCAGCCAGCCACAGCUACCAGACUCUGCUGGUGCUAGGUUCCAAGAUGACCCUUUCCGGGGCCCCUGCAACAUUCGGCUCAAGCGACUCCGGGUCGAAGCGAACGACAACAGACACAUAAAGGCAUUCGGACGAAUAGCCUAUUGGCUUGCAUGCUCUGGGAUCUGCAGCUCUCUGAUCGAACUGGUGACGUUCUUCGACGGUGAGACGGUCCUUGCCACUGAGCCGGUCAACCGGCUCCUCGAGGUCUCGGCGCAGUCUCUGACCUCCUUCCAUUGUCAAAGUCAUCUGGAACUCCGUGAUCGUUCUCCUUGGACACUAGUGCACAAUACGGCCUUGCGUCAAUUGACGUUAGGGCUGAAUUUCAACCCCUACGGGCCCACAGAAGACUCGGACUGGGCGUGUGCAGCGAGCGAACUUCGUGGAGCCUUUUCCACAGUCCGGAGUUACCAGCUCGAGCAUAUCGCAGUCCACUUCAAGUUCCAGCUGUUCGACCCUCCGAACGAGGACAACUUCGGCCAAGACUGGAAGCAGCUGGACUCAGAGUUGCGCAGCCUGCACGAUGUCAUGGUCCGGCCUUACUUCGAGGCAUUGAGGGACGUCAAGGUUGAGAUGGAGGUUGUGUAUAAUCCCGAUCGCCAUAGCAAGAAGUCAGUGGACGACUUCGCCAGCGCGAUGGCUUCUUCGUUACGGCGAUUGUUCAUGCCAUGGCAUGAUCGUGGCAUACUAGCCAUCAUUACCACCUGAUGAGUCCGUCGUGGGGCCGGCUUCAGAUCGAUCUGUGUCUUGUAUAUCUCACUUCAUCGACUGCUGCAACGUCGACACAAUCGUAUAGAU